AUGCCGGAAGAAAAUGUAACCGCCACAAGGAUCAAAAGGAACACUGCGUGUACUUCUUGCCGAGAUGCCAAGGUUCGGUGUAACCCUAGUUCAGAUCCAAUCCAGCCUUGCCAGCGUUGUGCCAAAUUGAGUCUGGAGUGUGUGGUUGAUAAGACUCAUAAACGCGUGAGCAGGAAGAGUAAGCUGGAUGAGCUGGUACAAGAGAUUCAGUCCAUUAAACAGAGUGUUGGCGAUCGGUCCACGCCAGUGGCUCAGCCGAGCUUCGUUGUGCCAGCUCCUUUCAAAGAGCCUGUGUUGCCGCGUCUUGGUAUGCCAUCGCCCAACCUGAGCGGGCCGACUAUAUCACUGAACGGCAAUCCUCCCACUGUCUCCGCUACACAAACUCCGGCGACGACUUUCGUGGUGGACACAAAUGUGGAACCAAGUCUGCCAAGAGCUUUGGACAACCAGCCGUUCUCGGGUGAGGAUAUAGACUAUUAUUUUCAAAAGUGGGUUCUUUCUCGGCUACAUGGUGUUGCGACUGACAUGUACAGAUAUUUCGAGCACUUUCAUCCCUAUAUGCCCAUUGUACGGUACCGAGAUCCCAACAAAAUCUACGACCAGGGGAGCGUGUUGUUCUGGACGAUCAUCAUGAUAGCAUGUCGCCGCUAUGCACGCACGCCAAGCACAUUGAGCUUCCUUAUGGGUGCAGUACGACGCGAAUUGUUUUCAGUUAUUUCCAUGCUGCCUUUGUCAAUUCAUUCAAUUAACGCGCUCAUACUUGUGGGCACAUGGGUAUUCCCUGACGUCCGCUUUCUCAAUGACCCAACCUCGAUAUUUUCAGGUGUCAUCAUGAAUGCUGCUUUGCUGUUGGGCAUCCACUCUGGAAAAGGCUCGAAUCCAGAGUAUAGUAUUGGUAUGUUCCAGAACAACUUUAGCGAUGAAGAGGCCCACUACACCUGGGCAGGAUAUUGUAUCACAUCACAAAGAAUGGCUGAGUAUCGAGGUCUCCCUCCGCUUGGUAGCAGUUUCAACCAAACCGUGCAGAACGUCAUUGACGGAAAUACUCCUUUUCAUGUGCCUGGAAGCUUUCGUGUGCUGCUCGAGUGCCAGAAAUUUGCGAAUCGAGUUAGCAAAACUAUGGCAGCCUGCUUGGACGAAACGAGAGGGGUUUCUUCGCACGUCGUUCGACAUCUGGAAGAAGAGUUCGACCACAUAAGAGGUCUUAUUUGCUCAGAACGUGCAGACGACCUGGAUCGUUGGAAUGCUAUACUUGUACAACUGGAGAUUCAAACUUACUACUUAAUACCCCUACCAGGCUAUAAUCCUGAAAGCCUCAAACGGCAUGUUAUCAGAGCCUAUACAACAGCUCGAACCGUUGUCUCAGUUGCUCUGGAGUUAGAACGCUCGCACAGCUUUUUAAGGCACAUGCCCCACUUCUACUUCAGGAGCCUCCUCACUGCGUUCUGUAUCAUCUACAAGGUUUUGCGCUCGUCCUAUAUGGACUUUCUCAUCCAUAAGGAGUCUGAGCAAGCGGCGUUGGACGUUAUGAGUGCAUGUCGGCGGUCAGUAGUCCAGGAUAGAGAUCUUCCCGACCGUCUGGGAAAUCUGCUAGAAUCAAUCAAUAACUAUGCGCAACUCACGAGGUGGCAAGAGGAGCCGAUCUCAUCAUUCUCACAACGGCUGGGAGCGAGUAUUCAUUUCGACUGUCUCAACCGCUGGAAGUCUGAGAUGGACUCUUACACAGUGCGGCCUAAGAGUCAACCACCGCCGGUUGAAGGAGGCGAGACACCCGCUGCUAUCCUGCUACAAGAUCCUCUAGCAAACAUUGACUGGAGCUUCAUGGAUGAUUUCGACUGGAAUAUUGAGCCGACUUUGCUUGCACCUGGCCCUGGUAUAGCACCAGGUAUAGCGCCCUGA